CGCGUAUGUACAGCCCCCCUUGGCUCCUAAGUUUAUCAUGAAAUCAUAAGUUCAAGCUAACUAGCAAGAAGCAGGCAAUUAAGAUAUAUUCAACGACGAUGAUGAAGAGCCAAGUAGCUUCCCUCCUCGGCCUCACCAUGGCCAUCCUCUUCUUCUCAGUGUAUGGGAUGAGAGAAUUUGAGAGUGUAGAAUUGAUCCAUAUCAGAAUGUUCUGAUUAUUUUCGAACCAUGUCACAUACGGAGGAUUCAGAGUAGAUGUGCAAUUUCCAGAGAAAUCAAGAAGAAAUAUGGGCGGAGCAGUCAUCGUGCCGUCAAUAAUUCUGAUGAGAUUGUAUCGGCAGAAGAUCAAAGCAAACAGCGCACUUCAGGUGCACAUGCAGCAAAAAUCACUUUCACAAACAAUUGCCCCAACACUGUUUGGCCAGCAACCAGUGGCCAACAACGUGAAUUAUCACUCACCGGGUUCAAACUAGCAUCCAAAGCUAGCCAAUCAAUGGACGCUCCAUCCCCUUGGUCUGGUCGCUUCUGGGCCCGAACCAGGUGCUCCACAAACGCCACUGGAAAAUUCUCCUGUGAAACUGCAGACUGUGGCUCUGGUCAGGUCGCAUGCAACGGCACAGGCGCAGUUCCACCAGCAACUUUAGUAGAAAUGUCAAUCGCAGUAAUCGGGGAUCAAGAUUUUUACGAUGUUAGUCUUGUUGACGGCUUCAACUUGCCCAUGUCUAUCGCCCCACAAGGCGGCACGGGCAAGUGCAAGGCCUCGACUUGCCUUGCGAAUAUUAACGCGGCUUGCCCAGCUCAAUUACAAGUGAAAGCGGCUGAUGGGAGUGUCAUCGGUUGCAACAACGCUUGCGUGGCGUUCAACGAGCCGAAGUACUGCUGCACUCCACCGAAUAAUCAGCCGGAGACAUGUCCUCUCACGGAGUACGCUCUGGUCUUCGUGCAGAAGUGCCCACAAGCUUAUAGCUACCCUUUUGAUGAUAAAAGCGGCACAUUCACCUGCAAUGGCGGACCUGACUACGUCAUUACAUUCUGCCCAGAUGGUCCAUGGGUUGAGGGCCCCAUUCCACCAACACCGUCCCCACUUUACUACCCACACAAUCCAUCAGGUAAAGGAAAGCCAAUAAAGUUAAUUGUGAGCCUUACAGUUGUUUGUUUUAUCGGUGUACUGGGUGCCAUAGUGUUCGGUUUGUGCAGAAUGAGAGCUAAGCAAAAAGGAGAAAUCAAAUUAACAAGGGACACCCUACAAGAAUAUAUAGGAGGAAAACAUGAUGAGCUACUGAUCUAUGAUUUUGAAACCAUAUUACUUGCUACGGACAAUUUCAGCAUAGAAAACAAACUCGGGCAUGGAGGAUUCGGUCCGGUUUAUAGGGGUAAGCUAGCAGAAGGGAAGGAAAUAGCAGUAAAAAGACUAUCCAGUACCUCAGGGCAAGGUGUAGUAGAGUUCAAGAAUGAAAUGUUGCUGAUCUCCAAUCUCCAACACAAAAAUCUGGUCAGAAUCAUCGGUUGCUGCAUUAAAGAGGAUGAGAAGUUACUGAUUUAUGAGUUCAUGCCAAACAAAAGCUUGGAUACUUUUCUUUUCGAUUCGACGAGAAGAGCAGUGCUUGAUUGGGGUACACGUUUCAAUAUUAUUCAAGGAGUUGCUAGAGGGCUUGUUUAUCUCCAUCAUGAAUCCCAUUUGAAGGUAAUACAUAGAGAUCUAAAAGUGAGCAACAUUCUCUUGGAUGAGAAAAUGAACCCAAAAAUUUCAGAUUUUGGAUUGGCACGUUCGGUUGAAGGGACACAGAAUUUAGAAAAUACUCAGAGAGUUGUGGGAACGCGUGGAUAUAUAUCUCCAGAGUAUGCCAUGGGUGGAAUAUUUUCUCAAAAAUCUGAUGUCUACAGCUUUGGGGUCUUGGUAUUGGAGAUUAUUAGCAGCAAGAAGAAUUCCGCCUUCUAUAUCUAUGAUCAACAGCUAGGCUUACUAGCCUAUGCAUGGAAGUUAUGGAAGGAAGGCAGGGAAUUGGAGUUGGUAGAUGAAAUGUUGGCGGCUGAUUCAUAUUCGGCUCCAGAAGUUAUGAAAUGUGUGCAUAUUGGCCUGCUUUGUGUACAGGACAAUCCGACGGAUAGGCCGAGCAUGCCGGAUGUAAUUUUUAUGCUAAAUGGUUCCACAAAUGUAAUUGGUGGUCCACAACCUAAGCAGCCUCUAUUCACUAUCCAAAACUCAGUCUCUCAUCCUCAACCACAGCCUUCGAAUAAUGAAGUUACAAUUACAAUGAUUGAAGGACGCUAAAUGUAUGCUCCUGACAGUGGUGGAGGUUGGGAUUUGCUGAUCUAUGUGAAUUUGGGUUGUGUUUGCUAGGAUUUGUAGUCAGUUCGUAUAAUUUGUUGUUUGCUUUC